GCAGCACUCCCCUCCCGCCUCGUUCUCCGCUAGCACUUCCGCUUCCGGUCCCCUUCCUGAGGGGAAAGCGGACAGGAUGCAGAGAGCCCCGGUGCUGCUCUUCCUGGCCUGGACUUGCUUCCUCUUCUUCUCCGCCAUCGGCCUCUUCACCAGCGGCUUCCUCCUCAUGCGAGUGGAGCUGGCCAACCACAGUUCCUGCUCCGACGCAUUGGCGUCUCCCUUUCGGGUGGACUUUGGCUCCUGCUGGCUUCCGUGGCGCUUCUCCAGAGCCAUCCUGCUCAUCAUUGACGCCCUGAAGUUUGAGUUUGCCCGGUUCGACCCUUCUCUGCGGGAGCCCCAUCCCUACGAGAACAAACUCGGUUUCCUGCAUGAGCUGGCCAUUGGGCAGCCCCGCUAUGGCCGCCUCUUCCGCUUUCGGGCCGACCCCCCUACCACCACCAUGCAGCGCAUCAAGGGCUUCACCACUGGCUCCUUGCCCACCUUCAUUGACGCUGGGAGCAACUUCGCUUCAUAUGCCAUCCAGGAGGACAACCUGGUCUGGCAGAUGGCACAGAACGGGAAAAGGGUGGUCUUCAUGGGGGACGACACAUGGGACGGCCUCUUUCCUGGAGCCUUUUUCCGCUCCUACUUUUUCCCUUCGUUCAACGUGAAGGAUUUGCACACCGUGGAUGACGGGAUCUUGCAGCAUUUGUACCAGACAGUGGACGGUGGCGAAUGGGACCUGCUGAUUGCCCACUUCUUGGGCGUGGAUCACUGUGGCCAUAAACACGGACCAGAUCACCCCGAAAUGGCCAAGAAGCUCUCCCAGAUGGAUGAAGUGCUCAGGUCACUGGUUGACCACCUGGCGAAUGACACACUGCUCUUGGUGGCAGGGGACCAUGGCAUGACGGGGACCGGAGACCACGGCGGAGAUACCGAGGAGGAGGUCAACGCCGCUCUCUUUGUGUACAGCAAAGUGCCCUUGUUCCGGACGCCGCCGCCUCAGGAGCCACAGACAGUCCCACAGGUGAACCUGGUCCCCACCCUGGCCCUCCUGUUGGGCAUCCCGGUGCCUUACAGCAACAUUGGGGAAGUGAUGGAUGACCUCUUUGCCACCGAAGGUGAUACUGCCACCUCGGUCCUUGCCCAGCUGGCAGCCUACAACGUCAAUGCCAGGCAGGUCGACCGCUUCCUGCACACCUACUCGUUGGCUGCCCAGGACAUCCCGGCAGAGAAGCUGGGGCGACUCCAAAGCCUGUUUUCGGCCACCGUGGAGGAGCACGAGCAAGUCAUGGCCCAGGCUGGCUUUCCGGAGCUGCCUCAGCUGGAGCGACUCCGGGGCCAGUUCAGGCGCUACCUUCGGGAGGCUCGGGCCGUCUGUGCCGAGUCCUGGGCCCGCUUCCACCCGGUCCGCAUGGUCUCGGGCUGUGCCCUCCUGACCUCCUCCUGCUUGCUCUGCUACAUCGCGUCCCGGGUGUCUGCUGGCCUGAGCUUCUCCUACCGUCGCCUCCUCUGGUACCCCUUCCUCUGGGGGGCAGCAGGGGCGGCUGGAGCGGGAGCGAUGCAUCUCUCUGGCGUGGCCACAACAGACCUGCUGCUCCUGUGUUCCUGGGCAGCCGCAGCAUCCCAGGUGGGAUUCUUCUGGCAUUGCUGGGCUGGACACGCAGGCAGAUCUCACGCUGCCAGCGCCCGUCUCCCAUUUGGGGGUCUCGGCUUGAGACAGAGGCUGCGAGUGGGUCUUGUUCCUGCCUUGGGCAUCCUGUUGCUCCGCUGCGGCGCCAUGUUCUCUGACAGUUUUGUGAUGGCCGAAGGCCAAGUGGUCCCCUUUUUGCUGAUGUCCUUGGUGCUGCUGUUUGUAUUGGGGCUUCACUGGAACGGGCGGUUGCGAGAAGGCUCCACAAAGUCUUGGUGGGUGCUUGGCUUUCUGGGCAUCAUUGUGCUCACGGCACGCCUCUCGGGGCUUUUCCAGCAAUGCCGUGAAGAGACCCCUGCUUGCCGCUCCUCCACAUUGCUGGCUCCGUUGUCUAAACUGCAAGAUCCUCAGGCCAAGAAUCUUUCCUACGCCCUGUGCCUGGCCGUGCUCGCCUCCCUCGCUUGGGGCAUGCGCUGCUGGAUGCGCCACUACGGCAAUCUCAACAGCCCCAGUGCCCCUGUGUGCUUUGUGCGCUGGGGCUUCCCGUUGCUGGCCCUCGGGGUUGGCGGUUUCUGGGCCGUCACUUCAGGGUCGGAGGACGACUUGGCUAAGCUCCAUGCCUGGGUACAACUGGCCCUGGUGUCCUUCCCACGUGGGGUCUUUGCCCUGGGGGCGGUGGGGCUGCUCCUCCUCCUCUGCGACCCCGUCACUGUCUUCGUGAGGGACAGCCGGAACGCAGACCCAGCCAUGGGGGCGCCCAUUGUGUCCCCCAGCUCCCAGGCCGAGCUGCUCCACGUCAUCCCCCAGCUCUACCGCCGGAUGCAGGAGACCCUGAGGAGCCGCCUGGAUGCAGGGAAGGACAGAGACAGGGCCACAGUGGAGGCCUAUGGACUGGGCAGUGUCUACUCAGCCGCCCUGCUGAUCUUCCUGGCCCUGCUGGGCUUCCUGCUCAUGAUGCUACACAGUGAGCGGCUCAGCCUGGCCUUCCUGCUCCUGUUCCUGGAAGCGUUUGUCUUGCUCUGGAUGCAGGCCUAUGCCGUGGCCCUCUCCUCUUCUACCUCUUCCUCUGAGUCUGAUCCUUUCUCGGUGCCCUGGUCUGCUGUCGUGGCUUGGGCUCUUGCGGCCGCUCAGUUCUUCUAUGCCACCGGCCACCAGCCUGUCUUUCCAACCAUCCACUGGAAUGCGGCCUUUGUGGGCUUUCACCAGGGGCAUGACUCCACCUGGCUGCCAGCCCUCCUGGUUGGGGCCAAUACCUUCUCCUCACACAUCCUCUUUGCAGUUGGGUGCCCUUUGCUUCUGCUCUGGCCCUUUCUCUGCGAAAUGCCCCGCUCCAAGGGAGGGAAGCCCAAGGCGGAGGUUUCCGACAGAGAGGAGCAGAUGAUGGAAAUGAGGCUUCGUGAAGCGCCGGAGAAGUUUUCAGCAGCACUGCUGCAGCUUGGACUCAAGUACCAGAUUGUUCUGGGGGCUCAGCUCCUGGCAUGCGUCUUGGCUGCCAUUAUCCUUAGAAGACAUCUUAUGGUUUGGAAAGUGUUUGCCCCAAAGUUCCUCUUUGAAGCAGUGGGUUUUGUGGUGAGCAACAUCUUUCUCCUGCUGGGCAUUGGUCUAGUGAUGCGGGUGGACUGUGCAGUCAGCGCGUGGUUCAAGCGGGUCAUCCUUGCUCAGUCCAGGUAGCGCCAGGGCAGAUGGCACAGCUACCCAGAGGCAUCACCAGGGCUGCCAAAGGUUUUAUGGAUAAUGGAAGUGCUGCCAAGAUGCCUCCAUACUCUCCUUCCUCUGGACCUUGCUGGGCUGGAUCAGGGGUCUGGGUGUCCCCCCCCCCCCCAAUCAAUGAUGUGACUGAGGGUCAAGGGAAGGGGUCAACCUUUAUUUAGUCAGGGGCUGGUGCUUUGCAAGGUGAGCAUUUACACUCUCUGAAGAAACAUUCGGACCUCACUUGCCUCUUGCAGCUUAUGAAUCACUAAAAUGGCCCUCUGGGUCUCCUUGCUAAGUAGGAAUCUUGCCUGAACAGGGAGAGAAACACAAGGGUUAACCUGUUGAUCUCAAGAGAAUUUUGUAUAAAAGGGAUCAGGAUAUCAUCGGCCCUCUAUAUCCAUACAUUCUGCAUCCCAGAGAUUCUACAUCCACAGAUUCAACCAUCUAUGUCUUGAAAAUAUUCCAAAAAGCCUACUUUGAUUUUGCCAUUUUAUAUUAGAGACACCAUUUUAGCACACCAUUGGAUGUCAUGAACAUCCACAGAUUUUGGCAACCACAAGAAGACCUGAAGCCAAACCCCUGUGAACACCAAGGGCCCACAUUAUGGUUCUGCUGCAAAUAAUUGGGUCUUUGGCAGAAAGUACAUUGUGUUGGGUGAACAUCAUAGGCAUUCCUUUUUCCUUGUUGAAUCUGGAGGUUUCAACCAUUAUGUGUCUGCUUGGAAUAGCCAAAUAGGAAACCCAUCACCAGAACCAAGUUUGACCCCUUUGGGUCAGUCACGUUCUCUGAGCUGAUAGCAAGAUGAUUUUCCAAUAAAUAGGAAUAAUGCAACGCCUGGCCUGCUCUUUGAAGAAUCCUUGCUUUGAAGAAUUGAGCUUUCAACAACUUCAAAAGAGCCCAACAGAUUGUAUUUUACUCAGAAUUCUGGUGACUUCUAGAAAUGAAAACUUGAAAUUUCAAUCCACUGCAGCAUUGGCACCACCCUGUGCUGGAGAAUGCAGAAAUAGAGUGAGAAAUUCUUGGCAGGAAUCAAAAGGCAGGGGGAGGCAUGUAGUCCUCUGUACUGGGUUUGGGCUCAGAGAGGAACCAAGGAAGCUGCUACAGAAAAUACUUAAGUUUGGUCAUCUGUCUAGGAUAAUAAUUGCUCUUUCUGGUGGUAUCGGGUACUCUAGGCCUCAGGGAGAAAAGUCUUUCUCCUCCACUUGCUGCCUGAGCCUUUUAACUGAAGAUCUCGUUCUUUCUGCCUCCAAUUCCUGGCCAUUGCCCUUCCACAGCUUUGAUGCUUGCAGCGCUGCUCCAAGCUCCUCUCCAUACAGUGCAGACAUCCCUUUGCGCUGAUUCUCCUUUGAGUCCAAACUGCUCCUUCUGCACUUCCUUGGCUGCUCUGGAGCACUGCCCAUAAAGCUGGUCAGUCUCUGUCUUCCUUUGGAAGGGAAUGAAGGUGCACAGUUCAGAUGUGCCUGAUUCUAUAUAUGAAGAGGGGUUGUCUAUUGCUGGCUGCAUCUGUCCAUCGGUUACUUCCAACUCAGCUCUGUUUGCAACCUUCCUUCCUUAUAAGGUCAGUGUCAGAGAGCCACACUGGACUUACUGAUGCUGGAGGCUGAGAUUCCUGCUUUGUGUCUCCAUGUGAUUGGAGGCAGGAGGCUAAGCCUUGUUUGUGCUGAAAGGAAUGGAAGAACAGGAGCAGGGCUUUGGGGGAGUUCCGGCACAGCCGUACUUCAAAGUGUUCAUUUUUUGCUCCAAAUGGGCAUCUUAAGAAGUCUUUGGCAAUUCUUGUCUGGAUUCUAUGCAAUACUCAGUUCAGCAGAUGGAGCCUGUAGCUUUCAAAUGUGAAUUCAGCCAAGCGUUUAGACAAUUGGGCAUUGCAAGGUUCAGCACUAGUGAGCCAGGUCAUACAUAGCUUUCUGUGUUCUGCCUCACAGAAGCUCAGAAAAGCAGAGACAUAAUUUCCUCUUUCCAUAUCUUCAUCUAAUCCCGGUUUUUAACAGGGUACUUGGGCCAGAAAAGUGAGCAUAAAGCUGCUAUUCCUCUUGCCUUGGAACCAGUGAUGAUGCAUUCUUUUUUGUAGCCAAAUUUCAAAAUGCAGAGUGAAUAGAUUUUGUUAGAGAAUGAACACAGACCUUGCUGUGUCUUGUAAAAGCCUUAAGUUUGGGUUUUCGUUUAGUUUCUUUUUUGUGUGUGUGCUAUAAAUAGAAAAACUAUCAAACAUUUUUAAAUAACAGGAAAGACAAGGUCAGAAAAGCAUUUAUUAUUAUUUGAUAUACUUAAGGUGGCGAUGCUUCUGGGAGGUGUUUCAUUCUAAUUUUUUUUUAUUUGCAUGAAGCCAUUGCAGAUCCCCAAACCAAUAUUUAUAUAAGUAAAAAUUGCUUUAAAAUGAGAAGUUUAUGAUCAUGAACUUACUAAAACCACAAAACAAGCAAGCUCUUUAAGUAAGGAGGCCCCAGUUUGUUUCUGAUUUGUAAAGGCAACAAUAAAUAUAAUCCUUUACCCUUUUUGCUGUUGUUUUGGGGAGGAAUUCCUUUCAUUUUUCUGGAUAUAUAUUUUUUAAUUUAUGCUAUGGGUGCUGUAGGAACAUAUAUCUGACUAGAAGAUGUGGACUUAAACUGUCUAAUGGCAUUUUCCCCAUGUCUUGAUGUUUCUCCUCCCCGUCCCAUGCUUUCAAUACAUGGGAACUGCUCCUUUCAGUUUUGACAGCCCCACUGUAUUCAAUACAAAUAACAAGUGUCUUAAAGUCUUGGCUGAAAAUUGCUUUCCUUGGGUCUGUGGUCUUGAGAAUCGUCUUAAGAGUUCAAGCCAGAGGCAUUUGCCUCUUCCAAUUGGCUGCAUGGUAUGUGGCUGCCUCCCUGGGAUCCUGCAAAUGACAUAUUUAGGCACAUGAAUGGCACCUGGACAACAAAUAUGACUAUCUUUGAGCCAUCACUUGUAGGCUAACACUUCUUAAAUCAGUCCUCAUUAGCCCUACUCUGAUUUCUGAUUUCUCAAGCAUUAGCCUUUGCUUUUGAAAGAAAGAAAGAAAGAGUAUUGCAGUGCACCUUUAAGAGUAACUGCUCUAGUGUUAUUUUUAGAGUCUGUGAUGCUCUGGGCAGAUUUGAACUUGUAUUUGUUUUUGGAGUGGAAUUCUGGUCUGCAAGCUGGAGAAACCAAUUAACAGAGUGUUCACACUCAGUCAGUCCCCAAAAGGAUAUCUAUUUGUAUUCUGAACGCUCAGUGUAUAAAUCAAGUACUUUUUUCAAGCAUUUCUACUAGGAGGAAGCCAUUGUAAGGAAGAACAGAAGGGGUUUUACCUUAAAUGAAGUGUUCAUUGAGGCUAAUGCAGAGGGUAUGUUUCCAUUACACUUUUGCAUAAUUCUACAUGUCCAGAUUGUUUUUAUGGGUAGCUGACUGUAUCCUUUGGCUCUCCUUUGGAAAACCUGGUGUCAUCACUUGCAUUGUGAAGCACUUGCUCUCCCAAGAGCAUUUAUUCCCACUGAUAAUGCCACAUUGUUGUUGUUAUUAUGUUUAUUUAUAUCCUGCUUUAUCUCUCCUAAAGGAUACGACCACAAACACUCCUCCUUUUCUCAUCUUUUCUGGUCUGCAGAGCCAUUCUUACCUAGUAGAGUGCCAUAGCCAAACUAGCAACACCUUGGGGAUGCAGUUCUCCAAUUGCAUGUCUUGCAAAUGGCACUUUACUAUGGAUUCCCAACAAGCGAAAUUCAGGUUUUAGUUCUCAGCAUCUUGUGGGUGCUCCAUCAGAAUUUUCUUCACCAUCUGGGCCUCCAUCCUUUGGUUUGCAAAGCUGCUUCUCUCCUCUCCUCCCUCCCGGUUUUGUGGGAAGGACACCUGCAAAAGAUAGGUGGAAGCUGCAGAAUUUUUAGUUGUUUCUGCCUACACAAAGACAAAAAUCUGGGUGAGCCAUAAGCCUGCUAUUCCUAGUCAUUUGCUAGUGAAUAGUCAUCCUUUGACUCAUGCCAAAGAGAAGGUAAAACUGAAAAACAGAAGUCAAACUUCAAGGCAGAAGGGAACAGUGUCCCAGAGCUGGUUGUUGAGUCAAUUAUUGUAAAUAAAUAACUAACAGAACUGG